AUCGUGUAGGCAAAUAUAAAACGUUCAAUUCGUCUCGGAUUAACAGUUGGAAAAGGUCGUUUAAAGCGGUCUCUUACGUUUUAAGGCCGUUUCGGUAUCUGGUAUCUGAAUUUUUCUAAAGGAUACUUAUAUCUCACGAACUCCCUUCGAAAUGUCUAACUGUUGUAAGAAAUAUGCCGGAUGGUGGGUUGUACUGGCUUUAAUUAUCGUAGGCGUGACCCUUGGCCUUAUAUUUGGACUUCAGGAUAGAGAUGGUGAUAAUGAGGCUGGUGUAGGCGCUGUGGCUUCAAACGGCGAAGGAUGUGCUGAGAUUGGAGGAAAAAUGUUGAAGUUAGGAGGUUCCGCCAUUGAUGCUGCCAUUGCCACCCUAUUGUGCGAAGGUGUAAUGCUGCCGCACAGCUUGGGAGUGGGUGGUGGUUUUGUGGCCACCAUCUAUACGAAGGAAACGGGACGUGUUGAGACAUUGAUUGCUCGUGAAACUGCUCCGGCUAUGGCACAUCAAGACAUGUUCAUUGGCAAGGAGAUAACCGGAGCCAUUUCAGCUGCCAUUCCAAGUGAGAUUUAUGGUUAUUGGCGUUUACACGAUAAAUAUGGUAAACUGCCAUGGAAGACAUUGUUUGAACCCACCAUUGAGUUGUGUGUCAAGGGUCAUAAGGUGUCACGCUAUUUGGCCAAUGUUUUGAACUUGAAUGCCAAUCGUAUACGCAACGAACCUUCAAUGGCUGAGAUUUUCAUUAACAAAUAUACCAAUGAGUUGUUCAAGGAAGGUGAGACCAUGUAUCGCCCGCAGUUGGGUGAAACUCUGCGUAUUGUGGCCAAUGAGGGUCCUGAGGUUAUGUAUCGUGGUGGUCGCAUUGGCAAGCGCUUGAUUGAGGAUAUUCAAGAAAUGGGUGGCAUUGUCACCGAGGAAGACUUGUUGAGAUAUGAUGUCCGCUGGGAGGAACCCAUUGUGGCCCAUUUCACCGGUGGCUAUUCUCUGUACACCUCGCCCCUGCCCACAAGUGGUGCUGUCUUGGCCUUCAUUUUGAAUGUCAUGGAACCUUUGUAUACUCGCCAUCAUGAUGUCUAUUGGCAACGUGUUGUGGAGACGUUCAAACAUGCCUAUGGCCAUCGUACCAAUUUGGGUGAUAUCCAUUUUGAGCCACAAGUCAAGGAGGUCUAUGAUCAAUUGAAGAGUCCAGAAUUUGCUGCCAAAAUUCGUGAACUAAUCAAGGAUGAUGAGACAUUUACCGAUUUUGCUUACUAUGGUGCCAAUUUCACGAAUGUGGAAGAUCAUGGCACUGCUAAUUUGGUUGUGUUGGCGCCCAACGGGGAUGCUAUCUCGGUGACCAGUACCAUUAAUAGCCAUUUCGGUGCCAAGGUUCGUUCCCGCCAGACCGGUAUCAUUUUAAACGAUCAAAUGGAUGAUUUCUCCACUCCUGGUGUCGUCAAUGUCUAUGGCAUUCCAGCUUCCCCUGCCAACUACAUUAAGCCAGGUAAACGUCCAAUGUCCUCUACCUGUCCCAGUAUUGUGUUGGAUAAACAUGGUCAUGUGAAAUUGUUGGUGGGUGGUGCUGGUGGUUCCAAGAUUACCACUUCUGUGGCCCAGACCAUUUUGCGUUACUUUGUGUUCAAUGAACCCAUCGAUAUUGCUCUCAACUCCGGACGUGUCCACCAUCAGCUGGCCCCCAUGUUGGUGGAUGUUGAACCCGAGGUUCCCGACCACACCAUGGAUUAUUUGAUUCGUGUGGGCCAUGAUUUGAAUUAUCUGCCCGCCGACAAGGCCUAUUCCGCUUUGACGGCCAUUGGUCUCAAGACGCAUGUGCCCCAUCCGGUUUGUGAUCGUCGUCGGGUUGGUAGUGCCGUUGUUGUACAUCCCAACAAAUAAUUGAAAAAACGGACAGGUGUGCAAAUCCGGAGCACCAAAAAAAUGAUGAUGUCAAACUAAUUAAAUUGGAAAUGUCAAUUAAACAUCGAUGUUUGCUCAAAUUUAAAUUUUAAUAAAAAUCGUGGCCAAUUAAAAUAAAAUUCCGGAAGCCUUUGAA